ACUGACGCGGCCGCGGGAACGGAGCAGAGCGCGGGCGGGGCCGCGGGGAGCCGCGCGGGACGGGCUGAGGGCUGCGGUGCUCUCGCGACCGCCGGGCGCGUGCACCGAGAACAAGAAACACCGAUAAAUCUCCCGUGCGUUUUUUUUUUUUCUUCCUCCCGCACACAUCUUAUGAAUUACUGCUGCGCGUUUUGCCACCGCUGCGGGGAACAACGCGCGAAAGAAUUUUGUUGGCUCCUAACGCUGUAUUUAUCAGAGAUUAAAGGUGCGCAUGCAGGAAGGCGCUGCUUCAUAGAAAUCUAAAACGCAGCCGUCCGUGAAGCGCACACCAACGCUGCGCGGUAAACUCGUUAACACCGAGGGGAAAGCAUCGACGGCGCAACGAAGGGCGCUGCAGGGGCCCCCCGCCUCCCCCACGGCUCUCUGCCUCUGGUUCCUCCACGUCGCAUCUCUCUGGCGACCCCCAGGGCAGGUGCCGCUUUUCCGCGGUGCCGUCUGGAACAGGCGAUAGCCCUCGUGCCGUGCCUCGGGAUUAUCUGACAGGGAAGGUCGGGCUGUCAGGACGGACGGAGAGAGGUUCUCCGCUGCUCCCCCCGCGGCACGGCGGUGGUUCGCGCGGCCGCCUCUCGCCUCCUGUAGCGGCACUCCCGGCCGCGUUCCGACGACGGGGGCCAUAGCCGUUCCCUCCCCUCCGCGAUCCGCUCGGCGCCGUGGGCGUGCGAGUACCCGGGCGGGGAGACGCCAGAAAGCCGCUUCUAGAUGAGUGCGUAGGGCCGGAGCACCGCGGGGCCGCUCGGGGAUCGGAGGCGCUCCGGACCGCCCCGCCCGUCGGGGCGCAGAGUUCCCCUGGGGCGGGGAGCACGGCGGGGGGGCACAGCUGGACACAGCGCUCCCGCUACACACCGCGGCCGGACGGCUUCCACAGCCCCGUCCCGAAUUUCGCUGCACUUAGAACGAAGCACCCCGUCCGUCAGCGUCCCGGCUGUGCUACUGGGCGGCAGCUGUUGGGGUCCUAAAAGGGUGAUUUAAGUGAGAUUCUUUCCGAGUUGAUCGGUUAAAAUGUCGGGCAAGUGAGUGGGGUGCAGCGGUAUGGGGGGCUCCGUCCCAGUCUCGCAGAGGCAGGGCCUCCAAACCCGAAAGAAAGGCGAAAGGGGAGUGAGGAGCAUGGGGCUCAUCCUUUCUACAGAGCCCCAAAAACUGAAGUCCCCUUUCUCAAACUCAGAGCAUUACCGCUGUAGCGGCAGCUCUCAGUUCGCUUUGUAGAAAAUCCACCAUCUGUCAUCAGAGUAAGCACGCAGAGAGGUGCAGAGGACAGGGCUGUAACGGCAGGUUUAAUUAGCGUCACCUGUCAGGCUCGGCACGCGCGGAGCAGCAAUCCGCGGCUAUCGCCCUCACCUGCGGCGGGUGGGCUGCUCGUUCUGCACCGUCCCGAGCGCGGCAGUAGUCGGGGAAGCUCUGGGAGGAGCGUCUGUAGUCGCAGUAAAAACGUGCAAGUAACACAGGGAGCACCUCCGUUAGGGGACACGGCCGGGUUCUCGGAGUGCUGCGGGCGGGCGGCCCCGAGCAGCCUCCAUCUGCGGUGCAGACGAACACACCGGUGUUAAUUAGCAACAGGCAGAGCUCAGAACUACAGUAACGCUACGGCCUUUGGUCACCUCAGGCGCUGAGGGCAGAGGCUCAGAGUGAGGUUCCCGGAGCAGCCUCGUGGCGCCCCGCCGCCCUUCGCGGAGCUGGUAUGCGGUAGGGCAGGGCCAUGUAUUGGAAGAGCGACCCGAUGUUCGUGUGCAGGCUGGAGGAUAAGGACCUGCCCGCGCUCGGCGGCCCCUCGGAGAAGGAAAGCCCCGCGGCGGCCGACGAGGACUCCUGCUCUUCCUCUGCCGCCCUGUCGCCCUCCUCUUCGCCGCGGUCCAUGGCCUCCGGCUCCGGCUGCGCCCCCAGCAAGUGCGUGUGCAGCAGCUGCGGCCUGGAGAUCGUGGAUAAGUACCUGCUGAAGGUGAACGACCUCUGCUGGCACGUUCGCUGUCUCUCGUGCAGUGUCUGCAGAACGUCUCUCGGAAGGCACACCAGCUGCUACAUCAAAGAUAAAGAUAUCUUCUGCAAACUUGAUUAUUUCAGGCGGUACGGCACCCGCUGCUCCCGCUGCGGGAGGCACAUUCAUUCUACAGACUGGGUCCGAAGGGCUAAGGGCAAUGUGUACCACUUGGCGUGUUUUGCCUGCUUCUCCUGCAAAAGACAGCUUUCUACCGGAGAGGAGUUUGCUUUGGUGGAAGAAAAAGUCCUGUGUAGAGUACAUUAUGACUGCAUGCUGGACAAUCUGAAAAGAGAAGUUGAAAACGGUAAUGGGGUUAGUGUGGAAGGAGCACUGCUAACAGAACAAGAUGUUAAUCAUCCAAAACCAGCAAAAAGAGCUCGGACCAGCUUCACAGCAGAUCAACUCCAGGUUAUGCAAGCACAGUUUGCUCAGGACAACAAUCCAGAUGCACAAACGCUUCAGAAACUGGCAGAAAGAACAGGCCUGAGCAGGCGUGUUAUACAGGUGUGGUUUCAGAAUUGCAGAGCGCGUCAUAAGAAACAUGUUAGUCCUAACCAUUCAUCUACUGCUCCAGUCACAGCAGUUCAGCCCUCCAGGCUGUCUCCACCCAUGUUAGAAGAAAUGGCAUAUUCAGCAUAUGUACCCCAAGAUGGGACUAUGUUAACUGCCCUGCAUAGUUAUAUGGAUGCUCAUUCACCUACAGCUCUCGGACUCCAGCCUUUGCUACCCCACUCAAUGACACAACUGCCAAUAAGUCAUACCUAAUUUCUUUCUGUCAGGGAUAUAAGCUACUAAGGAUGUAAGCUUAAGUCACUUACUGUGUAUGAAAGUUAUCAUUGGGAAGAUAUUAAUGUUAACUUUUUAUUUAACAUCUGAAACAUUUUCAAGAACGUUUUUGCUGCCCAGGUAUGUAAGUAUACAUUUAGCCUGCAAGACACUUUUAUGGAUUCUGCAUAAUUACAUAUUACGUUGUUUACAAGCCUUAUUAAACAUCUUUUUGUAUUGUCUGGAAGUAGAUCACUCUAGUUAUGUAUUUGUUAAUUUAUUUGUCAUCAAAAGAGCACUUUGCCUAAAAGAAAGGACUGACAGUUGUGCAAAAUGUUUACAAUUCUUUGUGAGUUUGUAGCUUAUCAUUAGUUUGUAUUAGUAAGUUAUUGCUAAAAGUAUUACUUGUAUUUGAGUUGUAUACAGCCUAUAUGUUAAAGCUUAUUUCUGUGAAUUUGCAAAAAUAAAUUUUGGUUGCAAAUAUUUUCAAAAUGAACUAAAUAAAGUUUCCGCUGUAGCAUGCUAA